AUGGAUCAAGCUUGGCACAGCAACGGAGGUCCCGCGAGCUCCGACGACUCCUGCAGCAAGUUUGAGAUCGACGCUCCCUUCUCACCCACGGGGGAUCAGCCACAGGCUGUCAAGAAGAUUCUCGAUCGCCUUCGGAAGGGAUGCCAGUACACGGUCCUUCGUGGAGCCACAGGGACAGGCAAGACUUUCACCAUGGCGCAGAUCAUCGCAGCGUAUGGCAAGAGAACUCUGAUCCUCUGCCAUAACAAGACCCUCGCUGCCCAGCUGGCUCGGGAGAUCAAGAGCUACUUCCCAAGGAAUGCCGUUGAGCUUUUCGUCUCGUACUACAACUAUUACCAGCCUGAAGCCUACAUGCCCUCCUCGGACACCUACAUCUCCAAGACCACGAGCAUCAACGACGAGCUUGACGCCCUGCGGCAUCGAGCGACCAAGUCUCUCUUCGAGCGAGAGGACGUGGUGGUGGUCUCGACCGUCUCCUGCAUCUACGGCCUCGGCCUUCCCGCAAAUUAUCUCAAGGCGAGGCUGACGGUGAACGUGGGCGAUGAGCUCUCGAUCGAGAGAGCCUGCCGGCUCCUCAAGGAGAUUCUCUACACUGAGUGUGAGAGCCCGGCAGAGGAGCUGGAGAGAGGCUGCUUCCGCGUGUCCCACUCCCCCUUCUCCUCGGACGUCUUGCUCUGGCCCCCUUACGAGGUCCGUCCCAUCCGCCUGCAGCUCUCCGACGCCGUUCUGGUCGAAAUAAGCACAAGCGACAUGAGCGGCAGCGAGGAGAGCCUCUCCUGCAUCAACAUCUACCCUGCCCGUCACCAUGUCAUGCCCAAGUCGCUCAUGGAGGCCGCGUGCCUCAACAUCGAGCAGGAGCUCGAGGAGCACGUCCGAGUCCUCCGAACUGAGGGGCAGCUGGACGCAGCCAGCAGGAUCGAGAUGCGCACCAAAGAGGAUCUGGUCCACCUGCGAGAGUCUGGCGUAUGUUCUGGUGUCGAGAACUACAGCCGCCACCUCUCCUUCCGGGAUCCCGGGGACGCUCCUGAGACGCUGCUGGAGUACUUCACGAGGGGCGAGGGGGGCAAGGACUGGCUCCUCGUCGUCGACGAGAGUCACGUGUCUCUCCCACAGCUGCGCGGCAUGUACAACGCCGACAGGUCGCGCAAGGAAACGUUGAUCAAGCACGGGUUCCGCCUGCCCAGCGCGCUAGACAACCGGCCUCUGCGAGAGGAGGAGUUCUGGUCCAAGAUAGGAGCUACCCUAUUCGUCAGCGCUACUCCAGGGGCCAAGGAGGAAACGUUGGCUGGUGACAACGGUGUUGUGGAGAUGGUCAUUCGUCCAACUGGAAUUCUAGACCCAGAGAUCGAAGUGAAACCAACCAAGAAUCAGCUCAACGUCAUGCUCGAAGAGAUUCAAGCCCGCAAGGAGCAUGGCGACAAAGUACUGCUGAUGGCCUUCACAAAGCGAAACGCAGAGGACGUGGCGGCAUGGCUCUGCGACAACAAUGUGAACGCGAGCUACAUCCACUCAGGUCUCAACACGGUUGAGCGAGCUGAAGUCCUGCAGGAGCUACAGUCGGGCGGGCUGGACGCGGUGGUGGGGGUGAACCUGCUGCGGGAGGGGAUCGACUUGCCUCAGGUGUCGCUGGUGCUAGUGCUGGACGCGGACAAGGAGGGCUUUCUCCGCUCCUGCCGUGCGCUGAUCCAGAUCAUCGGGAGGGCGGCGAGGAAUGAGAGGGGAAAGGCGAUCUUCUUUGCCGACCGUGAGACAGCAGCGAUGAGGGAGUGCAUAGAGGAGACGUACAGGAGGAGGAGAAUGCAGCAGCUGUAUAACGAGAAGCACAGCCUGCGCCCUGUCAGCGUCAGCAGGAGGGAAAUGCGGUCUCUC